AAUAAAUGCUUUUAUUUUUAACAAUAGCCAUUAUUAGGAAUGUGUGAACUUUUUAAAUAUUAUUUUUGACACUAGCAAAUAACUUAUGCCUCCACUAUUGGACUUUGUUAGCUGUUCCGUAAAGUCCAUGGCAUCUUCGCGUAAUGGAAAAAGUAUUAAUUCCUCGUCAUCUUAUUCAAUGGCGACUCACGGAGGUCCCACAAUGCUCUCAUUAUGUACAGCCAUAUAUGAUUACACAGCAAACGGUGAGGAUGAGUUAUCCUUACGCAAAGGCCAAGUUGUUGAGGUGCUAUCUAAAGAUGCAAAAAUAUCUGGCGAUGAAGGUUGGUGGACGGGGAAAAUUGGAGAUAAAGUCGGUAUAUUUCCUGCAAAUUUUGUUGGAGAAGAUGAUCCAAUUAAUACGACACAUGUAAAUUCAGUUAUUGGAGAUAUACAACCACAAGAAAUCGACUUUAAAGAACUGGAACUAGGUGAAGUGAUUGGUGUGGGUGGGUUUGGUAAAGUAUAUCGUGGUGUUUGGAACGAUCAUGAAGUUGCAGUGAAAGCUGUUCGUCAAGAUUCUGAAGAAGAUGUUUCUGUAACGUUAGAUAAUGUGUUGAAAGAAGCUAAGUUGUUUGGACUAUUAAAACAUGAGAAUAUUGUUGCAUUAGAAGGUGUUUGUUUACAGUGGCCACAUUUAUGUUUAGUGUUAGAAUAUGCUCGUGGAGGAUCGUUAAACCGUGUUUUAGCUGGACGUAAAAUUCGACCCGAUGUUUUAGUUGAUUGGGCAAUACAAAUUGCUCGUGGAAUGUUAUAUUUACAUUCUGGAGCACCAAUUUCACUUAUUCAUAGGGAUUUAAAAAGUUCAAACGUUUUAAUUAGCGAAGCGAUAGAGAAUGAUGAUUUACAAUAUAAAACGUUAAAAAUAACCGAUUUUGGAUUGGCUCGUGAAGUUUACAAAACAACCAGAAUGUCACAAGCUGGAACAUACGCUUGGAUGGCGCCUGAAGUCAUUAAACAAUCAUUGUUUUCUCGUGCUAGUGAUGUUUGGUCGUAUGGAGUUUUAUUGUGGGAGCUAUUAACUGGGGAAACGCCCUAUAGAGGUAUUGCAACAUUGGCUGUAGCUUAUGGAGUCGCUGUAAAUAAAUUAACAUUACCAAUACCAAGCACAUGUCCGCAAACUUGGAAAAAGUUAAUGGAAGCAUGUUGGGAAUCCGAUCCUCACCAGCGGCCAACAUUUGAGGAAAUUUUAAAAGCACUAGAUGGAAUUGCACACUCUGCUUUUACACAAACACCACACGAAAGUUUUCAUACUAUGCAAGAUGGUUGGCGGCAAGAAAUCGAAGAAGUUCUAUUAGAUUUACGCAUGAAAGAAAAAGAAUUGCGUUGUCGAGAAGAAGUUCUAAAUCGUGCACAGUUAAAACAACGAAUUGUUGAAGAGCAAUUACGAAAACGCGAAGAAGAAUUAGCCGCACGUGAAAUUGAAUUACUUGAACGAGAAUUACACAUGAUGAUUUAUCAAAAUACGCCCACACCAAAUAAACGAAAAGGAAAAUUUAAACGAUCACGAUUAAAGUUAUUGAAAAAGGAACCUGGUCAAAAUAUUAGUUUUCCAUCAGAUUUUCGACAUACGAUUACUGUUCAAAAUACAAUGGCCUUAGAGCGAAAAACUCGAAGUCCACCUGGAUCACCUGCCAUUCCUCACCUUCGUGCAAUCGCAUUACCAGCAGAUGGUGUGAAAGGCAAAACAUGGGGUCCAAGUACAUGUCAUCAACGAGAACGUGGUACAUUACCAUCACUAGGUUCACCAAUGGCACAUUAUCCAGCUGGUCGUGGCGCCACAUGGAGUAAAAGUGCACCAAAUUUAGAUAAAUCAUUAGGAAUACGUAGUGGCAGCAGUAUCAGUGGUAGUCCAGUGUUAUUAUCACAGCAACCACAUGCAAUUACACCAGGAUGUACAGCAACUCCACAUGAUAUAGAUUUUGGUAUGACAUCAGACUGUGAAUGGAGUUCAGAAUAUUCAAUCCCCAGCACUGUAAGCCUUGGAGCUGCACUACUUCCAUGUUCUAUACCAAUGCCCACAUUAUAUGUACCUAAUGAAGGCGGCCGAAAUAACAAAGCACCAAAAUUAAGUAUAAUCGAACUAGUCUUAUACAAUAUGGCAGCUAUGCUGGCUGGUGUUGCUGCUGGCUAUGAUGUACGACUAUCGAAUGUAUCACCAUUACAUCCAAGGCUACAACCUCAAAGGCUUGAUUCUGGAGUAGAAAUGAUACAUUGGCGAAGUGGACAUCCAAGUGAGUAUGAUGAUAUGACAUACGGCUCAUCAUCAGGUACAGGCACAUCAUACAGUCAUAACACAUACCAUGGAAGCACAAAACAUCAACGACCACCACUAAGUGCACUUGGUGCAAAUGCUCCAUCACCAUUACAAUUAAUAACAAUACAAAAACCUCUUCGAUUUACUGAUUCACCACAACAUUAUAUAAACUCGACAACACCGCGACGUAAGUCAAGUUCAACAUCAAAUGACGGUUCCGAUACAUAUAGCACGGCGAUUGCCACAUAUCGAAAGGAUUCAGCUUCAGGUGGUUACAAUACGUUUGAACGAGUGCCUGGCAUUUAUAUACCUGGUGAUUAUCAUGGUUCCAAUGAUAUGACUGGAACUGGACAUUAUGGUAGUGCAGGUUAUUGUUCAAGACAAACAGAUCAGGGUUUACGGACAGAAACAAAUUUAGCAUUUAACUACAGUAGUGAAUUUAGUGAUAGAAAUGAUUAUUCUUACGGUGGUAACAAUGGAUCGACAAGUGACUAUGCAUCUAAUGCACAUUAUUCAGGAGCUGCAGUGGGUAUUCCUGGUCUUUACACCGAUUCUAAUACUGAUUUAAUUAGCUAUGGACAACAUGCAUAUGAAAAUCCAAGUUCGCACAAUUGGACUCCAUCACGUUUUGGAUUAUCGUCUUCAUCACAUAGACGUACACCAUCAAAUGUAUCAAAUGCUAGUUCAACAAAUACAAAUAAUUCAAAUAUAAAUCCAACAUUUAGAUUGGAUGACGAUAUCAUUGAUUAUCCACAAUCAAAUAAUGCCUACUCAAAUACUCCAACACAUUAUUAUACAACACGAAGAUUAUCGAAUGCAGAAUUCGAAUAUAAUAUCAAAUGUGAAAUGUCAUCUUUAACACGAGAUUAUUAUUCUAGACAAAAUUCACAUGAAUCAAAUGGUGGAUCAGAACGAACGGGUGAACGACCGGGAACAUUAGAUAUAGGUGUACCCAAAUUACGAUCCAGUUUAAAACGAUCCAAUUAUCCAUCUGCAUCUGGUGGUAGUGGUAGUUCUAGUAAAUGUAGUCCUGAUACGCCACCAGACAGUUUCACUAGUGAUGAUGCAUCCUUUGUAUCAGCUAGAGGCGAUUCUAACCAAAGUGCGCGUGUUCGAUUUUCACCAGAAACAAUGUUACUUGAUUUAUCAUCAAAUUCAACACACCAACCACAUGAUAUUAUGGUUCCAUUAAAUGUUAAUCGUAAAACACCAUCAACGCCUGCUAGCCAGCUACAAUUACAGCUACAGUUGGAGAGCAAUGAGUUAGAAAGGGAAUUUGUUUUAUAGCAAAUAGAGAGUCUUAACAGCUGAUAUUAAUAGCAUUCAUUCAAAAUUGUAAAA